AUGACAACGCAACUGGAUGCUUCGGCGAAGCCAUCACUUCCGGAAUUACAAUACAUCCAAUAUGAUCCAGACAAGGAAGCACAAUACCUCACCGCCAUCCGCGAACUGAUAUCAAAAGACCUUUCCGAACCCUACAGUAUUUAUGUCUAUCGAUACUUUCUCUAUCAAUGGGCAGAUCUCUGUUACAUGACGGUUGAUUCGACUGGGGAAUUGAUAGGCGUGGUCGUCUGCAAAUUGGAACCUCAUCGUGGUGGUCCAAUGCGCGGAUACAUCGCCAUGCUGGCAGUCAAGAAGGAGCACAGAGGAAAAGGCAUUGCGUCAAGACUGGUACGAAUGGCUAUGGACGGCAUGAUAGCAAAAGAUGCAGACGAGAUUGCUCUCGAAACUGAGAUUGACAACAUACCCUCUCUCAAACUUUACGAACGACUGGGCUUCCUAAGGACGAAACGCCUACAUCGUUACUAUCUGAACGGCAACAGCGCCUACAGGAUGGUGCUCUACCUUAAAGAUGGCGUCGCUCUGAAGCAGACGCAGAUGCCUUACGACCCGCUGUACUAG